AUGUCGGUGUUCGUAGAUCUCUUGGUAUACUCAGUCCUGAUCCCAGUCAUUCCAUUUCGACUGGAGAAAAUGGGCUACAAAUCAGUUUCCGCGCUGACAGGCUGGCUUCUUGUUGCAUACUCGCUUGGUCUCGUCGUUGCGACACCGCCGCUGGCAUACUUUGCAGAAAGAUAUUGGUCAAGACAAACCCCGUUGGUUCUUUCCUUGUUGCUGCUCAUUGGCUCCCAAGUUAUGUUCAUGGAGGCCCCAAUUUAUGCCGUAAUGGUCAUCGCAAGGGUUAUCCAAGGCGUUAGCUCGGCCGUAGUAUGGGUUGUCUCCUUUUCACUCCUAUGCGAUACUGUACCAGAAAGUCACCUAGGGAGACAAUUGGGAAUCGUUAUGUCCGGCCUUACUCUUGGCUUUUUGGUCAGCCCUCCACUGGGAGGCGUACUGGAUGAGAAGAUGGGCUACCGAGCGCCCUUCAUCCUGGGGAUGUGUGUCUGCGUAGUCGACCUCGUCGGCCGCCUGCUCCUCAUCGAGAAAGACCAAGCCAGGAAAUGGGAGACCCCACCUCCAGAGCAGCAAGUUGAGGAUGGUGUAGAAAGGCCUCAAUCAAUCCCCCCUCAGCGGAGCCGUUCUCAGCUUUCAGUACUCAAGGUCAUCUCGAGGUUGAUGCGUUCGAAGCGUGCAUUCAUUGCAUUCUUCAACACUUUCAUCUAUGGCAUUACAUUUACCCUCAAUGAGCCUACUCUGCCACUUCGACUACAAGACGUCUAUGGAUUCGCAUCACUCAAAGUUGGAAUUAUCUACUUGGCUGCAGUCGUUCCCUCCCUAUUCUCUACGCCCAUUGCGGGUUGGAUUUCAGACAAAAUCGGAGUUGAAUUGGUCACAUUCUGUUCUUUGUUGCUCUCCGCUCCGUGGUGGGUGGUCAUGGCCAUUCGUGGGCCCUUGGCUCUCCUAAUUGCCAGCUUGGCGCUAGCAGACUUUUUCCUAGCAGCAGUAGUAACCCCACUCACUGCGGAUCUCGCUGCGGUAGCCAGGGAGAUAGACGGUAUUGGAUACGCACAUGUUUUUGGAGCGUUCAACUUCUGCUAUGCUGUCGCAAGCUCAAUUGGCCCUCUCAUUGGGGGUCAGAUAUACUCGCAUGUAAGGAACGGCUGGACGGUUCUUAUGGGAUUGAGUGCAGGGAUGAUGGUCCUCGCAGCCUUUGCGUCUGCCUAUGGCGCAGGCGAGAGACCACUUCUUGGCCGCAUCUUCGGAGAGAAAGCCCAACCAAAGCCGGACGAAGAAAAGAGCGGCACACCACGCGCGCUAAGCGGUGAAAUGACACAGACGAGCCAGCCAGCGGCUAUAGAGUUGCAAAACGAAGGGACAGCACUGACCUCUGAACCUGUCCGCUCAAAAGAGUAA